AUGGCUGACCUAAAUACCUCUACUUUUGACAACAAUGACCCGAAUGACGAGAAUAACUCACAGAAAGAACUAUUUUUGUUAAUGCCUUUAGUGUUGCCAAACUUUAAUUUAGAAACAAGUUUAUUAGAAGGGUUAGAAGAGGACCAAACGGCAGAUACGGCAGAAAACCCACCAGUCAACACAACAGCAGACGACGCCGACAGAUUGCAAUUGUCAACGGAGAAUUGCACAGCUGAUCAGUCUACUAGUAUGAAUUCAAAUCCCAUGGAAGUAGACUUGGUUGCAGCUUAUGUUUCUCUGGACCCCUUGAUUGACCCUGAGAGUGAUGUUGACUUGAUAGAAGCUGUCAACAUACUAGAAUCACAGAAAGAAAACAAUGCUGUUCUUCAAAGCCGCUUUGCGGAACUAGAUGAUGAGGAAAUGGAGUUGAUUUUAGAUGAUGCCAACAGCAAAGGAACCAAAAAAAUGACCAAAUAUGGAGUCAAAAUAUUCAAACAAUGGCUUGCUGACAGAAACAAAGAUGUCAACUUUGAAAACUUCAGCACAGAAAUGCUCAACACUUCUUUACGUGAAUUUUACACUCAAGUCAGGACAACUGAUGGGAACUUCUACUCAAAAAGUACUUUUGUUGGAAUCCGUGCUUCCAUAAGCCGCCAUUUAAGAAGCCCUCCCUAUAACCGUCCAGAAUCUCUUAUGGAAGAUAAAUCGCUUUAUACCUCAAACCAAAUGUUUACUGCAAUGUUAAAGAAGUUACAGCGGGAGGGACUUGACAGAACAAAACACCACUCUUCAAUCGCAGAAGGCGAUCUCGAAAAAUUAAGAAAUUCACAUGUGUUGUCUCUUGAAAACCCAAGAAGUCUACAACGCAAAGUUAGGUUUGACAUUAUGCUAAGCUUUGGGAGGCGUGGUCGAGAAAACCAACGUAAAUUUGCCGACAACACUUUUGCAAUUCAAAGAGAUAGUCGCGGUGUAGAAUAUGUUGAAUUUCAAAUGUCAGAAACAACUAAAAAUCAUAAAGGGGAUCAAACAGACGAUGACUCCGCGUCGCCAGCUACACAACCCAGACUGUUCAAUGAUCCAACACCCAAGGCAGGUAGAAAUGUCUUGGCUACCAUAGGAAGUGCCCUCAUUGCCAGCCAUGCCGACAUGGUGAUAGUUACACGUUUUAUCCGUAUCCGUAUAAAAAUGGUACGAUGUAUUAUGAUUGCCAAUGAAACAACUUCAUCAGAGACAAAUAAUGUAGAGAUUACGAUGUCCUCAUGUUUAAAUAGUUUAGCUGCAGUGACGUGGGAAGAUAUUUUUAAACCAUUCUGGGGAAAUAUUUCAGAAGAUAAGAAAAUUUGGGUGACAAGAAUAUUAGUUGUGUUUUACGGAGGUUGUGGUAUAGGUAUGGCCUUCAUGGCAAUGAACCUUGGAGGAACAGUGUUACAGGCUUCACUGAGUUUUACCGGAGCUGCAUCUGGUCCUUUGUUAGGAAUAUUUGUUCUUGGAGCUUUCUUUCCAUGGGCCAACUGGAUCGGGGCAGUUAUUGGGAGUAUUUUAGGUUUUAUACUACCGAUGUGGAUUAGAAUAGGUGCAUACAGCGUUGGAGGAAAAAUAAAUCUCCCUACCAACAUGUCACUGUGUUACAUUUACAACCAAAUAGACAACAGCACGAGCUCAUACGUCACGUCCACAGAAAUGCCUACUACUGUCAUGCCAGAUGAAUCGUCAGGAGGCAUAUCAGAUCUAUACAAAGUCAGAUCAUAUUUAUGGUACCCAUCAAUAGGAGCUGCCACUGUUGUUGUAGUGGGAAUGAUAGUUAGCGCUAUAACAGCUGCUUACAAGAAAGGUAUUGAACCAAGAGUUCCAUGUAGUGAAGAUGAAACUUCCCUUCGAACAUUUAACGGUCGUCAUCACGAGUUGGUUGACCGUUAUGGAAUAUCCGUUUCAGAGUUGUACAUUCCUUGUACAGAUCUGUAUUCUUUAGAGAGUCCUAUUGCUUGA